GGCCCCUCAAGAUAUUACUCCCUUAAAUUGUCCACGUUUCAUCCAACUUGCAUUCGGUGAAACGCUGAAAGAUCGUUAUUUGCGUAUAUUUGCUUUUUAUAUUCUUUUGUUUACUUGAACAUCAAACCAGGAUAAGCAACUGAAGGCUCACUUUCUGUAUAAGUAUUGAACAUAUGAUUUCCCACUAUUUUCUGUAUGUGCUUGUACACAUGGACCCUUUGCAGAAUUGGUUACUACAGUAACAUAUAAUGUGAGAUGAAUGAGAUGCUUGUGCAACAUGAUUAGAUUUUGAAACAGAAAAUACUAGAGUUAUAUCCCAAAUAUGGUCUUAUUUACUAAACUUAGUGCGGUACCGGCAAAAAGGCGAAAACCAAAAUGGAGCAUAUAAAUAGGGCCUGUCAUUAUUCAGUUUUUCCGUAUUUUCUGGACAUAUAUAAUAUCAACAUGUCGGAAGUGAAAGGUAUUGGCAGUUUUGGAAGCACAGCUCUCUUGGUAUCGUCGAUGACUGGGCCUGGUCUGUCCACUAUUCCACCACUAUUUCAACAAUCCGGUUGGGUUGCUCCCGUCUUCAUAUUUAUUAUUAUAGCCAUCCUUUCUGGUUGCUCUGCUCUCUUUGUGUGCGAAGCAUUGUCUAAUAUCAAAGGAAAUGAAAAGUUCCAGUCAAAAGUUGAAUUAACAACUAUAGCACAAGUUUACCUCGGAAAAAAAUACCAUUACGUUUUCCAAGUUCUAUUGUAUCUGGCACUUCAAGCUGUCAAUGUCGCAAGUAUUAUUCUCGCUGCACAAACAUUUGACAGCAUGUUUAUUACCAUAUUCAAAGGCACUUGUGGUCUUGGUGUCUCUCCCGGUGGUUGGUUUUGUGUAAGUAAUGCUACUGGUGCUGGCGGCAACUCCCCAUUCCCAUCUGAAGACUACUACAUCUUUACAUUCGGGUUUCUAUUGACAGCAGUAUUGGUCAUUCCUUUAGGAUUUUUCAGCUUGGUUGAAAAUAUUGCUAUUCAAAUGACGUCCUUUAUCGUUUUGACCGCCAUUAUAAUACAGUGGUGUGUUGCCUUCUGCCAGGAAGGGCUGAAACCAGAACUAUUGCCUGCAAGCGGAGGUAACUCUACAAUGGUUCUAGGAAUCGUUAUUUUCAAUUAUAGUUACAUAACAACAAUUCCAUCUUGGGUAAACAGCCUAAAGCCAAAUGUUAAUAUUCAUAGAUGCAUGUGGAUCUCUAUCGUUAUCUCUACAAUAUUUUAUCUCGUACUUGGUGUGCUUGGAGCAAUGGCGUAUCAAAUGACUGCAUCCAGUGACAUAUUAUCAAUUCUCAGUCAAAAUGGCUCUACUGCUUCGUUAGUAACAGCAUACCUUUUUCCUGUUUCUGCAUUAGUUACUUCGAUUCCAGUAUUUACCAUAGUCAUUAGAUCGAACCUUCUUAGAGGACAAAUCUGUAGUAGAUCAUGGGCAAUAUUUUGGUCAAACUUUCUGCCAUGGGUAGUUUGUAUUCCGCUCCAAACAAAAGAUUAUAUUGGUACAAUACAAAAUUGGAGCAGCUUGUUUUUUCAAUCAACUGUAAACUUUAUUUUACCUUUCAUCCUUUACUUUGUUUCAAGAAAAUAUGAAGCAGCUGUAGAACCAGUUGUACCUGACAUUGAUGUUCGAGAUCUAAAAUCAACGUCGCCUAUACCUCCGCACUUGAAAAGUCCUUCGUCAGCCAUAAAGCAUCCUGAUGAUAACGACGUUCGCAUGUAUAACCCAGAGGACAAUUAUUCUAUUUCAAUCCGAAGAUCAAGUAUAAAGCACUCCAGAGCAAGUCAUGUCGAGAAUUCAGUAAUUGUGUAUUCUCCUAAUAUGGAUAAAUCCAUGGUACCUGCCAUUAUCUACAGUGAUAUAGCAUCUAUCGAUGAUCAAAAAGGAUCAAACAUACUCAACUCACCAGGCAGCAAGCCCAUUACGCAUUCACCUAAUAGUCAUUUGAAACCUCUAUAUCCAAGUCAACCUCUAUCAACCCCUUCCUCCAAUACAGUGAUCAGCCAAAGCGGGACUAUAAAUGGCUUGGGUAUCUCACAUCCUACUUAUGAAAAUGAUAGACUUACCAAGAAUAUAAAGGAACCCAAUCCACAGCUCGCAAAAAGUACAUUAUCACCAACCAGUACUUCAAAAAGCCCGCCCUACAUGUCUCCAAAAUAUAAGCAUAAAGAUGGUGCAUCUCCCAAUAUUGAUAAGCUCACUGUGCCAACAACACCAGAAUUAAGCCAUGCCUCAGCACCAGGUUCACCGUCAAUAAUGUCACUCCGACGCUCAUCCAUGCUUGCAAGUGCCCUUUCCUUUAGGUCUUCUGUGGUUGCACCCGAGGGCGCUGCAGUUAUACACGCUGAAAAGAAAGAAGGCGGUGAGAAUAAUAAUCGAUUUAUAGCGUUCAAAACUACACGAUGGUUCAACCCAUUUUAUUUGGCUAUCAUUGUAUGCACAGCGUUGACAAUUGCCAUCGUAUUCAUGAUAAUAUACGAUUUAGUAAUGUUAGGUAGAGGAGAUGAUGUCUUUGGAUAAAGCAAGAGGUGUUUCUGAGUCAUUGUCUAUCCUGUAUAAUAUAAAGCAAACAUUUACAAUAAAUAUAUUCAUUCCAUGUUUGUUGUCUCUCUAUUAAUUGAACUUCAGUAAAUAAGACGAUGUCAGAUACGUUUAAACAAAUUUUUUCUUAUAAAUGAUUAAAACCAAUAUUGGGCGCAUGAUUGUAAUAUUACAUCUUUCCCGCCCGAGGCAGUUCAGAAAGGAAGGAUAGUGGUGACUAAAAACCCUUUUGGGAUCAAGGGUAAAAAUGUUUUGGAAGGAGUGAAUGGGAUCAAGUGUAAAAUACACUAGUGAGAAG